AUGUCCUCCCUCCCUCGAAUCCUCAGGUAUCUGCCUGGGGGUCAUCGAAAUUACUCCUUUUUCUCCUCAAAGUCUGGUGGUGGCAGGUACUUCAACUCAGCCAAGCCACCAAAACCCUCCGUGGUUGCGCCGUCGGCCAAUAACGCUCAAUCAGAUUCUGCCUCCAACUCGAAAGCAAGCGAUGGAGCGACGGAAGCUCGCGAAGACUCGGCCGCUCAGGCCUCCUCGAGCACCGUCGCAGUCCAACAGCCCGAACCCCCUCAACCAGUUCUCUCAUUCCAUGAAGCUGUUCACCACAAGCUCGCACACCACCCCGCAGUAAACCCCAAAGAGUUUAAACUUCAUCAGUUUUUUGCGUUGCAUAGACCCCUUCUUCACCUUUCCGACCCGAGCAUGCUCUUGCAAGCCGCGCCUGCAAGGGGUCCUCUAUACGCUUCGAACGCAGAGGAUGCAGACCCUCUCCUCCCACCACCGCACGUUGGAAAGUACGGUGCGGUGUUUGAAGAUAAUUCAAUUUUCUCGGCAGAAGCGGACGCGGAAACAGCCAGACAACUGAUGCGCGCUCUGACCAUAAACCGAGCCGGGAGCACUGCUGCGUGGGAGCAGACCAUGAAGGGCCUGGGGUUGACGGUGGAAAUGGACUCGCAAACCCUUGAGCAAAUGGAACGCGAUUGGAACGAUGUGAUGAUGGAUAGCACGAAGCGAAAGCGGCGAAAGAAGAUGAAGAAGCACAAGUUGAAGAAGCGACGUAGAGCCACCCGUGCAUCUCGCAUCAAGAUUGGACGAUGA